AUGGAUAACGAAUCUUUUAACGAACUAAAUACCACAUUGCUCCAUGACAGAGAACUGAACAGUCUGGGGUACCAAGUGGUCACUAUUUUUCUGGUCAUUUUAAUUUGUGGACUUGGUAUUGUUGGAAACGUUAUGGUCGUUCUUGUGGUUCUAAGGACUAAACACAUGAGAACUCCAACUAAUUGUUAUUUGGUCAGCCUUGCCAUUGCAGAUCUGAUGGUCUUGGUGGCAGCUGGGCUUCCCAACAUCACUGAAAGUAUCUAUGGCUCAUGGGUUUACGGAUAUAUUGGGUGUCUCUGCAUUACUUUCCUCCAGUACUUGGGCAUCAAUGCUUCAUCUUGUUCAAUCACUGCAUUCACAAUUGAAAGGUACCUCGCAAUUUGCCAUCCCAUCAAGGCACAAUUUCUUUGUACCAUAUCAAGGGCCAAAAAAAUAAUUGUAUUUGUCUGGGCCUUCACAUCCCUUUAUUGCAUGAUGUGGUUUUUCCUGCUUGAUUUGAACACUACCAUUUACAAAGAUGCAACAGUGGUGAACUGUGGUUACAAAGUCCCCAGGAGUUACUACUCUCCAAUCUACCUAAUUGACUUUGCUGUAUUCUAUGCUGUCCCCAUGACGUUGGCAACUGUCCUAUAUGGACUCAUUGCAAGAAUAUUAUUCCUCAAUCCUAUUCCAUCUGACCCAAAGGAGAACUCAAAGACGUGGAGAAAUGAUUCAACCCAUCAGAACAAGACUUAUAACUCAAAGUUAUCUAGUAGAUGUUCCAACAAUACCAUAUCCUCUAGGAGACAGGUAAUUUCUUCAAUGUUCCUUAACCCAUGGGUAGUGUGUUUUUACUCAUUGAUAAUGUGAUAAAUAUUAGUUGCUGAUUGCAACUUUACAACAGAUGUUUUGUAUUCACAAGAAAAUAAUGAAUCUACAACCCUACAAUUAACAGUUGGGAAUAUUUAUCUAUCUAUCUAUCUAUCUAUCUAUCUAUCUAUCUAUCUGUCUGUCUGUCUGUCUGUCUGUCAAUCAAUCUGUGUCUGUCUGCCUGUACUAUGUCCAUCAGAUUUACUCUAAUGUAUUAAUAAUGCUAUAUUGUCAUACCUCAUAUUUGUUUACAAUCUGAAAUAUUCAAUAAUCCUCUUAUUGUCUAUUUUAUUUUUAUGUUUUAUUGUAUGUUUUUGUUUUACUAACUGCCCGUGUUCUGAGUUUAGCAAUGCAAAUAGAUGCAUUGUCCUAACAUUGAAUGUUUAUGACUACUUAAUUCCAUUACCCCAGACCAAUUAUAUCAUAUGGGGUUGUGACAGUCUUGUAUGUCAGGUUUUCUGUUAUAAGAAGUCAGAAGCAUGUUGUGAUUUCCACAGAAACCUGUUUUGACAUCGCAAUCAGAAAUAAAUAUAUAAAUAUGCCAUACAAACUGAUAUUAACAAAAACUCAUCAAAAGAUGGUCCUUGCACAGAUAAUUUCAAAAAUAAUGUCAAUAAAAAAGGAUUGGAACAUGAAAAGUAUCAUUUAAACUUCCAUCUAUUUGUAAAUAUAUUGCCUGAUGGUUGUCCUCAUUUUACGCAAUCUUAAUAUAAAUAUUUCAAUAUGUAUCUAUUAUAGAGACUAAGCUAUGAUAAAGUAAAAAGAAUCAGGAUAAAAAUAUUUCAAUAGUGUAUUUUGCUAACCUGGACACAUUUUAAAACAAAUCUACCCUUAAAAGGCAAUUGUCCUUCAUUCACAUUUCAGAAAAUCAUGUUGGUUUCCAAGUUGUAACGAGCUAUUGAGCAGGUAAUGUUAGCUAGUUACAUUUUGACACUGCUUGUUCAGUUUUGCUCAUUAUUAUUAUGGCAUAGUGUUGCAAAGAUCAAUAUGUUUCACAAUGUUACACAAUGGAAGUUCUUCAGACAUACAAUACACGGUACAAAUGAUUGUCUAACACUUUCAUACAGAAUGCUUUAGUGGAUUGCUUGUGAUAAUUUAAAGAUACAAAUUGAGAUUUGAGAGAAGAUGAUCCAGGGGUAGUUGAAAGGUGAUGGUUAGUUGAGUGUGUAUGCAAAUACUGUUCAGCUUGUAAGAUCUUUAUUAGUGAGAAGUAAAUGAUAAUAUGGAAGGGUUGAAGGAAAGUUGAAAGGGUAGGGGAGGGUGUGUGGUGAGAAAGGGUGCAGAAGAAUCUAAGUGGACCUGGAAGAAUAGAUCAAUAGAGAGGAAGCUAUCAAACAUAGAACAAGCAUUUUGUUAAAGAAUUAGGGAGGACUAGUGGGUAAGAGAUAUGGAGGGGAAUCUAAAACAUUUGGCAUAACACUAAAACAUUAUGAUAGAUAGGAUAUUUUAAAUUAAUAAUGUAUAAACAGGAUAAUAAUACAGUUUCAGAUCAGUUGAUUACCAUUGACUACUUGCUGUAUUACAUCACAUGGGUAACAUUUAUUCUUCACCUCUGUUUUAUCUAUUGCAUGCUGGUAGAUUUAAACGUUUCAUCAGAGAUCUGCUCAAAAAUAAAUAAAUAAUAUAAAGAACUGCUCUAAAAUGUUCCAGCAGAUGUGUCACAAAGCUGUAGCUAUCAUCACAUUGAUAGGGCUAAAAUGUUUUAAAUACUGGCUGGAUAUUGUGGUAGACUUUGACAAUGUGGAGAUGAAUCUGCCCAGUCUCACAGAGAACCUAGAGUUUGAUGCUAUGCAAGUUGAGGACAUUAGGUCUUAGUUUAGGACCCCCACCCACCACUCAGGGGUGGCGGCCAAGGGGGAGGAUAUUAGGCCCCCCCAAUUUGUAUUUAGGGCCCCCACCCACUGCUCAGGGGUGGGGGCCAUGGGGAGGACAUUAGGUCCCCCCCUUAUGCUUGUUCAGGGCCCCCACCCACCGCUCAGGGGUGGGGGUCAGGGGAGAGGACAUUAGGUCCCCCUCCAAUUUUUAUUUAGGGCCCCCACUCACCGCUCAGAGAUGGGGGCCGGUGGAGAGGACAAUAGGUCCGCCCCCCUUUUUUCACUUUAGGGGCCCCAUCCGCCUCUCAAGGGUGGGGGCCGGGGGUGAGGGGGCAAUAGGUCCCACCCCCAUUAUUUUACUUUAGGGCCCCCACCCGCCGCUCGGGGACGAGGGCCGGUGGGGAGGACAAUAGGUCCCCCCCCUUUUUUUACUUUAGGGCCCCCACCCACCGCUCAGGAGGGGGGAUUUUUUUUUUUUUUUACAGUGAGCAGCCACACUCGAUAUAGCGAGUAGGGGUAUAAUUUACUAAUACUUAGUAUUAGUAAAUUUGACUGAAAGACCAAUUCAGGUCUUUCAGCCUUUUAGUAGAUAACUCCCUGAUACCGUGGGAAUUAGGGAGUUGUCUACUUAUUCAUUCCUUUCAUUACAUUGACUGGCCAAGUAACUUACAUUUUAUAUGAAUGUGUGUAACUUGAUUGUUGUAAGUGUUGCAAAUGCUUACAGCUUAAUCCUGGCUAUGUUUGUAUACUUUUUAUUUAAAAUUGUAUAGAAUGUAACAUUCUACUUCUUUCACUGGGUAAGUAUAUUAGUACUUAGGCAAUACUGUGCUUCGGAACUUCGGCACUUUGACACAUCGGAACUUCGGCAACUUCGGCACUUUGGGACUUCGACAAUUUGGCACAUCGGCACUUCGGCAAUUCAGCUAUUUGGUCAUUCGGAAGCACCCUAACUUCCCUAAAUUCGGCUGUAUUUUCAUUCGGACCGAAACGAAUUGCACAUAUCUAAAUCUUAACAAUUUUCUUUUUUUUUGGCCACCAUCCCAUGUGUACCAUGUGUCUCCCAGGCACAUUUCAGCCUCUGUGCCUGAAGGACCCAGUAAACAGCUUGAAUGAGCUUUUCAUACAAAUGAUUUGAAUCUACUUUAAGGAUUGACUAACAACAUUCUGAGGACUAGGCUCUACUAGGAGAUACACCUCUUCUUUCGGGACAACUUCCUUCUAUUUCUACCUUUCCUCAGUUCGUGUACUCACAGGUUUGUGUAUUUCCUUCGUUCGGGAGUUUGAUCUUGUUCCCUUGUGGGUAAGCUUCACACUCUGGUAAGUGAUUCCCUGUUCGUUCAUCUAUUUCAGCCGCACGAAUGCUGUGGUGUUCGUUUUUCCUUUCAAAGGAAUUUCCCAGCUAACUUCAAUUUGUUUAUAGUCUGUUCUCAUGAAUUGGCAUGAACUGUCAUAGGAAAAAGGCUCGAACGGAUCAGCGUUCUAACGAACUAUCUGUACAUUCGCGAACUGUUAACUUAAAGGUUUCCAUUAGGUUCUUAAAGUGACAAGGGCUUUCUGUCUCUAUAAAAAUAUCUUUCAGUGCUGCCAGUUGUUUUUUCCUUCACACUUUAAGGUAAGAAUGGAUUCUCUGUCUCCCAUUUUCAUUUAUAUUCAUAGGAAAUAAUAUAUUUUUCUUGAAACAAAUUUCUCUUCACGCGCUUUUUUAUUCCUUUUUUAUAGAUGUCUUCUCCUUCUGCCUCCCACAACUCAGGUUCAGAGAAACAUAGGUGAGCCAAAGUUUAUUAGUUUAGAGUUACUUACAUGGCCCUUCUUAUUCUGCAGCCCAACCAUGUGCUGGGAUAGAUCCCCCAAGAAACAAAAGGAAAAAUAUAAUCGCUGCUUGACCUACAAUAAAACUGCUCUAGAGGGUAAAAACCUAUGCCUUAUCCGUAUGACAUUCUGCCCAGGUAGUGUUCUCCUCAAGAAGAACUUAAAAUAUCCCAAGCCAUAGCAGAAUGCUUCAAGGCUUCUACUAAAAACACCACCUCCAAAAAGCAUCAAAGAGCUGAACCCUCUUCUUCCUAAUCUGAGUCUGAGCUGGAAUCCUUUGAGGAUAUUUCUGACGAAGAGGAAGAGAAUACGGAGUAUGGCCCUUAAUCCUUAGACUCCAAAUCUGUCGAAAAACGUAUCUUCCUCAUAAAAAAUACCCUAUAAUUAGAGGAAGAAAAGUCGGAAUCCCUAGAAUACGACAAAUAUUUUGAAGACCUCAGCUCUUUGAAACCCUUGUUUCCUGUGCAUCCUUCUGUCAAGGAAAUGAUCCUUAAUGAAUGGGCUAGGUCAGAGAAAAAAGCUACCCUCAAAAAUAAAAAUCCUAGGAUCUACCCCUUCGCCUCCUAGGAUUGCAAAACUUGGUCUGUUAUUCCAAAGAUUGAUGCAGCUGUAAUAAAGAUUGCAAAACGUACUACGCUUCCCAUUGACUCCAUGGCAUAUUUGCAGGAACCUAUGGAGAAGAGACUGGAUACCAAUCUAAUUAAAGAUUAUCUGUCUCUGGGCUCAGUCUUACACCAAGCUAUAGCUGUUACCACCCUGUCCAGAGCUAUGAAAGUAUGGUUAGACAACCUGGAAGAAUAUAUCCAAAGAGGUGUGAGAAGAGAACACAUUCUGGACAGCCUUAGGGAUUUCAGACUCACAGCAGAUUUUAGCUCCAAAGCAUCCCUGGGUAUCUCCAAGAUGUUUGCCAAAAGCAUGGCAUUGUCUGUCUCAGCCAGAAGAGCCAUGUGGUUACACUCUUGAGGAGCUGACUAAUUUUCAAAAUCCUCCCUUUGUGCUCUUCCCUUCCCGGAUGAUCUCAUUUUUGGAAAAGUCCUCGAUGAGGCUUUCCAAAAAGCUGCAGACAGCAAGAAAGCUUUCCUACAUCAGGGGAAGAGAGCCCAUACUCAACUUCGUGGAAAGACAAAAGGUUUUGUUACAGGUCCUUUCGAGACAACAGAGCAUAUUGACCAGGUAAAGAAUACAACAGAUCCUAUCAGCCUCCCUCAUCUUCCUCUAAAUCCAACAAAGGGAGGGGAUCGGAAGUCCCUUCUAAAAACUUAUGAAGGUUUACAGGUCCAUACAGACUGCCUAGGAGGAAGACUUCAUCAUUUCCUUUCUGUUUGGGCCAUGAAUAUAUCAGACUCAUGGGUCAUGUUCAUCCUUGAUCAGGGCUACAGAAUCGAAUUUGACUCUUCCUCCAAUGAACUCCUUCAAAAGGCCAAGAAAACCCUCUGGGGAAAAAGGAGAAGCCAUGAUCUCCGGGGGCAAAAGACUACUUCUCCAAGGUGUCACAGAAGAGGUGACUCUUUCAGAGAGAUUCAAAUGUAUAUAUUCAACUGUAUUCUUGGCCUCAAAACCCGGGAAAUGGAGGAUGUGGCAAACCUAGCCACUUCAGACUAUAUUUCCCACUUAAGACUUUAUUUAAGUUUGUGUGAUAUUGUGGCUUUAAGACUACCUGAACUGUCCAUGUUCCCUUUUCUAUAUUUUGUGUGAACGAGAGCAUUCGUAUGCCAUCAUUCAUGCAGUAGUUUCACGAACAGUGAAUUUCAACAAUGUUCGUGAAACGAACAAACUACCGAAUGGGAGACCACACACAGGAGGUCGUGUGGCUCCCAUCAAGGAUCACAACAAUGUAUCUUUCAGCAGUUAAUAGAUGUUCAGGGUGGCCGCCGUUCAGAUACUGACCACGCGGUGGUGGCCAUCUUGGAUCCUUUGUUAGCUCAGCGAUAUUUGGUCGUCGAGUGCCUGGAACUAAAAUCGGCUACUCGACGGUACGACUACUGCUGGACUUCCAGGCCAUUCGGGAGCCCUAGUCUUUCGGUACUUUAUCUCUGUAUGUGUAUUCGUGACUUUGUGAAGAAUAUGUGUUCAAGUGUAUUUUGUGCAGCGUUCAGCUAAUUGUGCUGGGAUCUGAGCGGUACUUUCAUGAAGUAUGCGCUCAGACCCCAGCUAUCUGCCGAAUGGUCAUUCGGUAUAAUAUCACAAAUAAUGUUAAAGUUAUAGAUUUUUAUGUAAAAAGCCAGUUCUGCUGCAUGGAUGGAUGAUCCACUUAACUGGAUAUUCUAGUGGCAGUAUCCCUCUCGCACAGAAGUGCACGGUGGGAGAAAUGUCCUGGUUGUUGAGUUCCCCAUGUAGUCCCCUACUGUACAACCCCUGUAAAGUCAGUAAGGAAAAUCCUUGCAUUGGGAACCACAUACAUACUGUGACCUGUGAUUAAAACCUCAGUUGACUCCCAGCCUAUGUGUUGUCUAGUUCUUGGGAAGGAAGGAUCUGUAUAACGCUACCGGGAUUACUGUAUGCUGUACCUGUUUUACCUGGAUUAUUCGAUGCUGCUCCUGUCUACCAUCGGAGAUAUUGUGGAUUAUACUGCCUCUCCGCUACAGAGGCUGAUAAUAGAUCUGAAGAAAACCAAAAAAUUCCUGAAGCGCCUCUCUUUCAAGAUGGAAUCUAUAUCCACUAUUAUUCCCAACAUCAACAGAGGGGAUUGGCUAACAUCCAUAGACCUGAGAGAUGCAUAUUAUCACAUUCCCAUCUACCCUCUUCCUCUGAUUUCAUAUUAUAUGACAAUAUUUCCAAUUCAGAGACCUCCCUUUCGGCUUAACCCUUGCUCCAAGGACCUUCUCAAAAAUCUUAGUGGUCCUUAUAGUACAUCUGAGGAAACAAGGACUGGUCAUAUUUCAUUACCUGGAUGACAUUUUAAUAGUUGCUCCAUCUCUUCAAGAAGCCUCUCGUCACACGUUACGGACCGUUAACUGUAUACAAGAACAAGGAGAAGAGUGCUCUAAUUCCAUCGCAGCAAGCAAUAUUUCUGGGUGCCUAUAUCGACACCGUAAAAGCAAAGGUCUUCCUUUCACAAGAAAGGAUAAACAGACUAGAAAACAAGAUUCUCUCGGUCCUUCCCAAAUAUUCCAUCACGGCCAAGGUGUACAUAAGCAUUCUGGACUCAUUAACCUCAACCAUAGGAUUAGUCUGAUCGGCGCAAUGGAACUCAAGAACUAUCCAAUUGAACUUCCUGAAUCAGUUCAACCACUAUCGCAACAACUGGCUACAAAUUAUUCAAAAUUCCUCAAGUGGUGAAAGUUCAAUUGGUAGGAUGGUUACAGUGAGACAAUAUUCAGGUUUUCCUUUAGAAGAUGCCCCUUGGCAAAUUAUCACCACAGAUGCGAGCAUGACAGGAUGGGGUGCUCACACGGAAUCGAUUUGGAUUCAAGGCACUCUGAAUCCCUCAGAAUGGUGCCUUCACUCAAACCUGCGGGAAUUGAGGACCAUAUACAUUGCUUUGCAGAAACUCCACAGAGCCCUCCAGAGUCCUUGGCUUUCUAUACAUAUGGACAACAAAGCAGUGGCUGCGUAUAUAAAUCCCCAAGGAGGCACAAGAAGUAAACUUCUCUUACAAUAAAUAACUCCGCUGAUGUCCUGGGCGCAAGUUCAUAUCAAGGAGAUGAAAGCAUUCUACCUCCCGGGGAAAGAAAAUAUUCUGGCAGAUUUCCUCAGCAGAACUCCCAUAUUACCAGGCGAAUCUAGCUUGAAUCCCAGACUUUUUGGGUUCUGAUGAAGAGGUGGGGCAUAGCCCAGGUGGACCUGAUGGCCAACAGAUGGAAUGCUCAGGUGACAAGCUACUUUUCCCUAUCCAAGGACCCUCUAGCUUUGAGUCAAGAUGCCCUUUCCCAUCCUUGGGACUUCGACCUGGGGUAUGUAUUCCCUCCCCUGCCUCUGAUUUCCUGGAUAUUGAGAAAAAUCUGGAAAGAGUAAUUGCCAUUAUUCUGAUCUGGCCCAUCCUUGCUUGCUUCCAAUCUCCCUGGACCUUCUAAUCCAGGAUCCAGCAACUUAACCCAACCCAUCCAGUUGGAACCUAGGGUGGCUGUUGAAAGGAGAUCUCUCCUUAACCAGGGCCUGUCCAAAACAGUGAUUGAUACGCUCCUGAAGGCAAGGAAACAGUCUAUGUCUUUCUGCUACUACAGAAUUUGGGAAACCUUUCAAAAAUGGGCAGUCGUGAAGUCUUUGAUUCUCAACACCCUACUCACCUCCAUACUCUGGAAUUCUACAGGCAAGCCUGGACAGAGGUCUCAGCCUAAGCACGUUGAAGGUGCAGUCCUCAGCUCUGUCUACCCUUUGUAAUACCUCAUGGGCAUCUCAAGGUUUUUUAAGGAGACAUUACACUUACACCUUCCAACCAGAAACUCAGCUCCUCCAUGGGAUUUAUCAUUGGUCCUGAAUGCUCUAACUGAAUGUCCCUAUGCACCACUGCAGGACAUCUCUAUUCAACGCCUCACUCAUUAAACAGUGUUCCUUGUGGCGAUCUAUUGCGGAACUCCAGGCUUUCUCUAGUGAUGAGUCACACACUCUUUUAUUUUAUGAUCGAGUGGUCUGAGACCUAGUGAAGACUUCCUUCCUAAAGUCGUAUCUAGAUUUCAUCUACUCCAGGAGGUGGUUCUCCUUUCCUUCUGUACUUUCCCGUCUUCUCCCGAGGAAGAGCGAUACCGUGAACUCGAUGUGACAGAGCUUAUAAUCAAGUACCUAUAUGUUACUUCUGUCUCCAGAAAGACCAACAAAUUGUUUGUCCUUCUUUCUGGCCUUCGUAAGGGUGAAGCGGCCUCUUCCUCUACUUUAUGGAGAUGGAUAGCUUCUGUCAUAACAAACUCCUACUUGUGGCACAAGCUUACUCCUCCAGCCAGAAUCAGCGCUCACUCCACCAGGUCCCUGGCUACAUAUUGGGCUAAUUGGGCAGAGGUUCCUCCAGAGGACAUCUGCAGGGCAGCUACUUGGUCCACUCAUACAAGCUUUAUUAAGAACUACAAACUGGACCUUCAUUCUACGACUAUUGCUUUGGCAAAGGAGUUAUGUUGGCUGUUAAUGCUCAUAAUAAAACUUAAGUUUUCUUUGCAGCAAUCAGAGUCUUGUCAAUUCCAUUUUAUUUUCCCCUCCCUUCCGAGGUUUUUUUUGCUUGGGUAUUACCCAUAAGUGAUGCUGCCAUGAUUAGCCAGGAAUAUGGAAAGUUAAAUUACAUACUUACCUAGUCAUUUUCCUUUCCUGGCUAUUUAUCAUGGCAGCAUCAGUCCUUUCUUUCUUUUUAACUGGACUGAGGUGUGGAAGGAGGAGGGACAUUUAUGCCUCCAGUCUGUUUCCUCUCUUUUUUUUGCCAUAUAUUUCUCCAUAUCAGUGAUUUCCAAACCAGUUUUAAAAACAGACCAACAGUCUAGGAUCAAGGCAUUUUUCAAUUAGGUUCCAGUGGGGAUACAUUCAAAUCCUAAACUGAAAAUUAGACAAUUGUACAUAAUAAAUCUACUAAUGCUUGUGGUAAUUUUUAUUUCAUGCAGUGCUCUGUUUUUUUUAAAAGUAGGAAAUCAUUUAUAUGAUUCAGCAACUUACAUCACAAACAUGUUCAUCACUGGCACAACCAGGGCACAUUCUUUUGGAAGAGUAUAAACAAGCUUUAAUUUUGAUUUCACCUUCUUUCUCUGUGCUGGUUGCCAAGUCAAUUGUUUUGAUUGUCCAUAGCCAGAUUUCUGCAAUCAUCAUUGCCUUUCCUACCUCCUCUACCAUAAAUUAUUCUGACCAUCCUAAAUUCCCUCAAUCAUAGAUGCUUGUCCUCAUCCUUGUCUAUUCCAGUAUUCAUGCUUGUCCUGACCCUUUAUUCUCAAUCACUGCUGCUUGCACUCACGUCUCACUCCUCAUUUAGUUUGCCUUUCUGAUGGUCCUCAGCUCUUUCUCCUCUGCCAUUCCUGCUUGUCCUCACCCCUCUCUUCUCACUUGUUCUGAUAGCCCUUACCCCCCAACAUUCCAAUUUUUUCUUCAUUUUCCAUCCUCCUGUCUGUCAUUAUCCUCAAUCAUGCUUCACAUUUACUCAGUUAUUUCCAGUCCAUGCUUUCAUCUCUCACUCUCAUUCUCUCUGCUUUAUGCAAUAUAAUUUCAUAUUAUUUGCCUAGUAGAACUUCACAAUUUACCAAAAUUAUAUAGAAUGCUGAAACUAAAUGGGACAAAUCUUAUUUAAUUGGCACAAUGUAGACUGGAUGCAGAAUAAAUGUAUGUUAAAUGCAUACUAUUACUGUCAAUGGUCAUCUACCUCAUCGCUGCUAACCUUACAUUAUCCAGGUACCACUGCACUUUUAGCAUGUCUCCAUAAUAUGCUACAGUAGCGUGUGUUUAGUGGUAAUGGAAGCAACACUACAUCAAUUUCUAACUUACAGCUGGAGACUGGAGACUGGAGAAAUAGCUUACUGAAAUUCAUUGCGUGUGUGGUUCCAUGGCUUUACGUAUUGGAUAUAAAAGAAGGAACAGGAAGUAGACGACGUUUAGCAUAACUAGAGUAACCGUAAAUAAUUAACAAAAAAAAAAAAGAAACACCAGCAGAGGUAUAUGCUAAAGUGUGACUUGCCAGAAGUUUAUUUCAAAUGUUAGGUCAGAAGAGCCAAAUUCUUCAAUUGUGCAAUCUUUUGCUUUAAUAUUCAAAUUAAAUUUGUCUUUACUUUGAAUAUACAACAAAUCACACUUUCAUGAAUAACCCUGUAAGUCUUUCAUAGGAAGACACCAAAUGAACUUCAAAUCUUUAGAACAAUGCAGAAUUUUUGUAAUGGGGACAACUGUUGUGGUUUUCAUUAUUUGUUCCAUCAAGGAUGUCUUCCAAGAGUGCAUGAGUUUUAUGUUAAGUGGAAUAUUUAUAGCAUGGACCUCUACAACUGUGCUGUGUACAACUGCACAGCAGCCAUUGCAUUGAGAGUGUUAUUGGAUCAGGAUCAGAUAAUGACCCAAGAUCACAAGAAAUGGCAGCACUGGUAAAGGAGGGGAACAAAACAGAAAAAAUGAAUAAUAUGCAUUAUUAAGAGAAAAAAUAAAAAUAAAAAAAGUGCCAAAAGCAUUUAAAUAAUAAAAUGCAAUAUUAAAAUGCUAAUUGCAGUUUUCCUUUAAAAUGAGUGCCCAUACGGCCAACCUAUGCCAUUUCUACCUAUUAUGGCUGUCUUAUGGGAAAUCUUUCCCUAGAACGCUAAUUUAUGACUUUGUAUAAUGCUUCUACUGGUCAGAAUAACACUAAUAUCCAUUUUCUAACUCCAAACACAUUUUCUAACUCCAAGUAUUCAAUUGGAAUUUCACCACUUAUGCCCUAUAUACUCUGCCUAUUGACAAAUAUUUUCUAAUUUUCCGUUACUUUAUUCUACUUCACUUUCAUAAACUAUACCCUAUCCAUAAUUCAAUGUUUUUUGAUUGGUGGUAGACUUACAUUAUGAUUAUGAUUGAUGGUAGACUUACACCCAUUUUCAGGCUCUUUUAAAAGGGGAUUCUCUUUUUAUUCUUAUUUGGUUAUUUUUUUAGCACUAACAUUAUAAUCGUAUUAGCAACUUGUGCAUUGCAGUAUUAUGGAAAACAUGAUGGAAAAAUUACACAGUUCAACCCAAAAUUACAAUAUAGGUUUUCACUAAAUUGGGUAUACUAUUUAGAGAUUUGUCCCUUAAUGUUUACAUUUUGCAAAUAGCACAGUAUUUGUUAAAAAUCAUUGAUCGUCAUAGUACCCUUCUGCAAUGUAUACGUUAGUUCUCUAACAAAGAAGAUAGCAGGAACAAUAGAAAGGUAUAUUACCGACCGAAGAGUUUCUGGACUUAAAACUUAGAGACAAAAUGUAAAUAUAAGGUUUAUUACCUAGCCAUGGUCAAAGCACAGGGGAAGCAGAACUAUGAAUGGACAACCUGGGUCAAGAUACCAGAAAACAAAGUAGUCAUGGCCGACCCUGGGCAGGUAAACAGCACCCGGAUGCUCUGUGGAUAGAGGCGCAUCAAGUGGAGUGCAGAACUAGGUUCUGCCCCUUGUGUUAGGCUGUAUCCCCUCACAUUUGACUCUGCCUUUCACACUCGGCAUAUGGGAAAAAGGAGCACUGAUCAGGGCCAUGAAAAGCAGUACAUCUCCCCCAGACAACCAGGGAGCCUGAUUCCCCCUUCCCUGUCUCAGUGGAGUAGGGAAAAAUGUUUUAUUUUUAGCUCCUAAUCUCCCAAUUGCAGCCCUACUUACUACUACAGCCCCUAACUCUAUACUACAGUCCCAACAUAAAGGGUGGUCUGAUUUGUAUCACUCCACCAGCCCUAGGCUCUGCUUGAGCCUGCCACCUGUGCCCACAGCUCCGGCUCCACUGGGGGCCAGUAAUGGAAGUCCUGGCUGGGGUGUUCUGGAGUGGGAUUGUGGUUGGAGGAGUGUCCUCUGGGGGCUCAAAGCCCAGGAAGGCAGUCAUGGGAACCAGUACUGCAGCUGGGUCUGGGAGAUUGAACAGCCUUUCGCUGGUGAUGUAAUGCCGGGGGUCACAGCUGUGGUCAGCAGAUGCCAUGGUUUGUAAGGACAUCUGCUUUCAGUCAGUAGCGCUUUGCCCAGGGUAGGCCACGUGGACGCCCUUUUGUGGAGUGAACGCGGGAAAUCAUCCGCUUGGUAGUUCAGAAGUAGUGGUCUGUGUGGCAUCAGUUUCCUCCAGUGGGAACUGGGAUAACCCCCUGGUCCAAAGGGGGGGGGGAGUUGGGGCCUGCGGAGAUUAUCACCGCGCAGUUGUAUGACACCAGGUAUAUGAGCUGGACAGCAGUCUGUCCCACUCUGCUCCCCAUUAGGCCGCAGGCUUCAAAGCGUUGUUUCACCCUCAUGGGGUGUCAAAACUCCCGGUCUUGGGGUCCGCAGUGGUGCCAGAAACCUCCUGCAGCUGUUAGGUAGCUUCUGUGCUUGGGUUGUAGCAUUGAGCUAAGAUUUGCAUCCAAAAGGGCCAAAAUCUGCAGGAGCCCCUGCAGCAUGCGACUGGUCAGUGUGGCGGCCAGGCCCCGUCCCUUAAUACAUUUUUUAUGAUUGAUGCCAUGCGCACUUAUGUUUAGCAUAUUGUACUCAACAGCAUCUACACAUUCUAAAGCACAGUUGGAGACUUUUGCUGGAACCCCUAUUAUCCAGUACCACUUCACCACCCUGUGGGUAUUGGUGUAUCUUUUUGUGUAGGCAUUAUUGCAAUGCUGUCUACAUGCACAGCUAUAUUGAACACGGGGAACUGAACUCAGGAGGAACUUGUCCUCUUCCUUGGGCUGUUUAAUAACGUUCAUUGUUGACAUGUAUAAUAAUAAGUAGCAGGUAGUAGAUUAGAACUUAGUAAGAGUACAGUAAACCCACCACAGGUUUUCUUUUUAACCCCUUAAGGACCAAACUUCUGAAAUAAAAGGGAAUCAUGACAUGUCACACAUGUCAUGUGUCCUUAAGGGGUUAAAGGCAAAACAAAAGGCAGUGUAGACAUCAUUUGGCAAUUGUAUAUUUUAAAAUGAAUUUGCUUUAAUAAAAAAGAUAUGGGAACAAUAACACGGUAUGGCAGAUCUACUGAUCCCCCAGUUUUAUUCAGAUGCAGCCGUUCUACAACUCAGGAGUAUGUGGGUAGCCAGCAUUUUUUUAAAUGUUGACCCUUAUUCUAGCCUUAUGUUGUGAUGGAAAGGGUGAGCUGGGUGCCCCUCUAUUAACAAACAGUCCUGGGGAGAUAAAACUAAUUUUUGUUAUUUUUGCUACUCUCUGCCAGCUUACUGCUUGUGCAGCCUGCAGAACAAGUUGUUUGAAUUUGUGUAUGUAUUUUAAUAAGCAUGUAUUUAUCAUGGGAACAAUGAAUUGUGUGUAAGCAAUCCCUGAGCUUUUCAGUGUAUGAAAUUCAUUGAUAUAGGUUAUUAUUGAACAUUUUCUAAUUCAAAAGUAAAAAAUAGAUUUUCAUAAGUGUCAUAUUCUAACUAUUAUGAUUUUACAAAGUUAAAUCAAAGGAAAUCAAUAGAAUUUUCAUGGGUCAUUUUGUUUUAUUUGAUGUGCUUUUUUUCGAGUAAGAUAUAUAAAUGCUACGCUUCAUGAAAUGUACAGAACAUAUAAGGUCGGAAAUUAUAAAAAUAACUGCAGAUUUUUCUGUGCCGAGUUUGCACACCAAACUGUGCUAAUCAGCAUCGCUCUUUGAAAUCACUUGUGUAAUCAUGUUAACAAUGAUCUUCGCAGCUUCAUGUAUAGUAAAACUUCAUGUUGGGAAAAUUACUCAUCGACAUAUUAAUUCACUUCACAUUCAAUAAAUGUUUCAGUUAAAAUUCAGUGCUGUAUGAAUCUUUCUCUUAUUACUAAAACGAAUGGGGAAAAGAAUACUAAAUUAAACAUCACAAUUAAUGAUUGGUGUAUAGCGAGGUUUCUCUUGUGUAGAGUGCAAGCUGAAAUCAAGUGGAAAAAAUAAAUAAUUUAUUUAGAAACACUAGUUGAAGAACGUAACAGUUAUUUCAAUCUUUAUUGGUCUUAUCAAAGUGAACACGAUAUUUUCUCUGUGGAGAAUGUAUCAGAAGUUGUUUAACCAGACUACACAAUGUAGUGGGGGUAACAAAAUAACAACAAUCUCAAUACUGAUAUGCAAUAUCUACAGAAACAAAAACAGCAGCAACAACAAAACAUUAUGUGUUGACAUAAAUUAUGCAUUUUAAAGAUCUUUUAAAAAUACCUUAUUAAAAAAAAAAAAAAAAAUCACGUCUUAUCAUUUGCCUAAACCAUACACAUGGUGGUGUAGUGCAGUGUUCUACAACCUUUUAACAACCGCAGCCCCACGAAAAGAGGAGAAAUAUUUCGCGGACCGGCAUAAGCCAGAAAUAAAAACUAAUGGUAUGUGUGAGGGAUGCAGUGUGUGUGUGUGAGGGUGCAGUGUGUGUGUGAGGGGUACAGUGUGUGUGAGGAGUGCAGUGUGUGUGUAUUUGGGGCAGUGUGUGUGUAUGGGGACAGUGUGUGUGUAUGGGGGACAGUGUGUGAGUGUGUGUAUUGGGGUAGUGUGUGUAGGGGCAGUGUGUGUGUAUAUAGGGGGUAGUGUAUUUGUGUGUAUGGGGCAGUGUGUGUGUAUGUAGGCAAUGUGUGUGUGGGGGGACAGUGUGUGUGUGUGUGUCUGUUGGGGGCAGUGUGUAUGGGGGCAGUGUGUGUAUAGGGGUUAGUGUGUUUGUGUAUAUGGGAAACAGUAUGUAUGUAUGGGGGGCAGUGUGUGUAUGUGUAUGGGGCAGUAUGUGUGUGUGUGUGUAAGGGGGCAGUGUAUGUGUGUGUGUGUAGGGUGGGCACUAUGUGUGUGUAUGGGGGAGAAUUAUUGUGGGUCUGUGGAGUUGGAGGGUAGAAUAAGAAAUAUAUAUUUUUUUAAUUAAAAAAAUAAUAGUUCUGAUAUCCCCCCUCCCUGCUUGCCUUUGUCUGGGAGGGGGGACAGUACAAGGCAAUCCCUGGUGGUCCGGUGGAGAAGCCCUGUUGGUCCCAGUGAUGAGAGUGAACUCUAGCAGCUCAGGCUAGAGUUCACUCUCGCGAGAUUUGGAGCGUUGCCAUGGUAAUUGUGGCAAUGCUUCGAGCUCGCGAGAGAAGAACCUUAGAGCCCCCCCAGGUCCUCUCUCCCUCACUCCCCUGCUGGCUGCCAGCAUUACACUGCUAGCAGGCCAGUGAGUGAGAUCUUUUAUCUCUCCUCCGGUCCUGCAGAGCCGGCAGGGGAGAGGGAGGCACAGUUCCCGGUGCUAUGAUCAUAGCGCAGAAAAAAUAUUUUGCGGCAAUUUAUUCCUGGCCCACUGUAGUGGUAUAGUUAGGUGAAAGAUUUCGCGGACCGGCAAUAAAUUCUUACAGACAGGCGGACCUCUGGUUGAGACCACAUUUAGCAUAACACACAAAGUCAAUGAUUCGAUAACAGGCAAGCCUACAUUGAACACUAAACAGUCAAGCAUGCAUUAUUUACUAAAGUAAAAAUUUAAAAUGAAUUUCAAAUUCAAAGCCAGAAUAGAUGGACUAUGACAGCAUAGCUGACUUUUUUCCAUUUUGGCUAUUUUGACCAUCAAAAUGAAAUUAACUUUGCCUCUCUCUUUAAUGAAUAACCCUGUAACCUGUUGAUGGCUAUUACAGUGUCACAGUGCAUAGAUUAAAUUGACACAACUUUUCACAAGGAACUGACAACUAAAGAAGAUCAACACCAGAUUCUUAUCAAUCAGGGCUGCAAUUGUCUUCCAACAAAAUAAAGCAGCCUUUUCUAUUUAGUAGGGAUGUACAUGGGCAAAAAAACUUGGUUCGGUUCGGCACUUCCGAAAUUCUGGACUUCAGCAAUUUGGGACUUCGGCAAUUCGGCACGUUGGUUUGGUUAAGCACUUCCGAAACUCGGGACUUCGGGAAUUUGGCAAUUCGGGACUUCGGCACUUCGGGACUUCAGGACUUUGGGAAUUUGGGACUUCGGGAAUUCGCCACUUCAGAAAUUCAAGACUUCGGCAAUUCCCUAACCCUACCCCUACCCCUAACCUAACCCCUAACCCUAACCCUACCCCUACCCCUACCCCUAACCCUACCCCUAACCCUACCUCUACCCCUUACCCUUACCCCUAACCCUAGCCUUAACCCUACUCCUAACCCUACCCCUAACCCUACCUCUACCCCUAACCGUAUCCCUAACCCUACCUUCCAUAUGUGCAUUUUGUGCAGGGACCUAUGAGACUCAAAUGUUAAGACUAGUGAAGGAGGUGGAGGAGACAGAAAGAUAUCUGAGCACAUAAUAGAGAUUUCCAGCCUGCAAAGCCCCCAUAUUAGGACUAGAUUUGCAUGAUGUGCACAUGUAUACUAUGCAUAGUGGUGUGUUUACACAUUGUGGGUAGUAGCAUGUUUAGCUGUGCUCACUGUGAGGGACUAGAGCCAUGAGAGAUCGGGCUCCUGCUGACUGAAAGUAGUGAUCUCACAGUCCUGCAGCCUCAGCACAAGUCAACAAAAACAUGUGGUAGCAGGUAGGGAUGGUGGCUUUUAACAAGCAGAGUAGGAACAGAGUAGUGACACCCACUUCAUCAGACAUGCACAUGUAGGCUGAUGGUAAAUAAAGCCCCUUUGUUAGCAUCAACCAAUUAAUUGUACUUACUGCUUGUACCAUUAUUUUCAUAUACAGUUAUUUUAGCCUUCUUCUGACAUAUUGGGACACUACACUACACUACACUUGAUAAACAUAGAGGGUGGUGGACACUGGGGUUCAUUAAUCAAACAGUAAGCUGUGAUGAGUAGGCAAUUGACUUGUACAACUAAAGCCAAAUUAGCAAACCUGGAAAAUAAUAUCUCCGGUUUUAAAUAUAAUAUUUUUAGUGCAAAUCAAAUAGUAUUCCCUACAAAUAAGAUAUCUUUCCCUGCACUUUAAUAUAGUAUGUUUACAGUGCAUAAUCUAUGAUUACAUAAUUUUUCAGAAUUUGAUAGCAACCUUUAUAAGCGUGAGCAUCUCUUAGCAAGUGCUUCUCUGAAAAACUAGGUUAAUACUAAUAAGUUUGAAUGUAGUCUGUAGUUCCUUAUGUUGUGUUUUUUGUAUUUCAAUGAUCAUAAUGUUACUUGGUGUUGCCCAAGCGUUGCCCUCUGAUGUAUUUCAAGUUCUAAUUAGAAUUUUCUCUGUAUCCCUUUAAGUUUCUGUAUCGCUUGAAUGCAAUAAAGUAUGUGGUAAUGCAAAGCUAUGAGAUAGGUGCUGCGUGCACCCUUUUCCUGACUGUCAAUUGGGGCAGAACCCCCCCCCCCCCCCGCCCUGUUAGUACUCUACUGCCUGUGCACCAGGUAUCUAAUUUGAGCUGCCAGUGAAGGCUGUGUGACCCACCAUGCAUUUAGGAACUAGUUUGGGUGUGCUUUAAAGGUAGAUCCCCAGAUGUCGUAGAACUACAACAAAGCAUCAUGGACGCUGUAAUUUUUUCACCGAUUGCCCAAACUGAGGACUGUGCAGCGAGCACAGCGACAAAUCCACCACUGACCCCAGCCAGGGAGAAUGAGACCAAUAUAGCCACCGGACCCUCUGCCCGCAACAUGUACCCCCCCUGGCAGGGAUAAGAGUCGGAGGGGAACAAUGGCCCACUGAGCGGACUUGCAAAGCAUGUAACAAAGCAUUUUGUGCAGGGGCCUAUGAGACUCAAAUGUUAAGACUAGUGAAGGAGGUGGAGGAGACAGAAAGAUAUCUGAGCACAUAAUAGAGAUUUCCAGCCAAUUAAUUUAACUCGGAUGACCGUCAAGCAAAUAAAAGAAAAAAGCUUUGCCACUACCCAAAGGUACACCAGUGACACCUGAAAGAGUGUGUAGUUCCUCAUCAUCUUGCACCGUGCCAAACUGCUGUAUAGACCUGCCACUGACUGUAAGUUCCAAGCAACAUCAUCUGAAAACUCUAUACAAGCACAGAGACAUCCACAGCCCGACACAGACUGGGUUUUACAAGAGACAGAAGCUCAACACAUGCCACCUAAAAACUGACACUCUUGGACGAAACAUGUAGCCAUACCUUAUCCCUACACACUUCUCUCCGCCAGGUCUCCCACAGACAUGUAAUAUCACAGUCUGCUUGGCCCCAGUGGUUUUCACUUUAAGCCUGUUUCUCUUAGACAGCAUGUUAUACUAUUUGUCCUUUUCUUUCCUUUUUCCUCCUAGAAUAUGCACAGAAGCACUAGCAUUAACUGCGCAAUUAUAUACAUAAGUCUAGAUUUUACACGUGGUAUAACUCUUACCAUCCUACCUUACUCUACAAGUGCAUUCUAAUAAUUUUCAAUACAUGUCCUGCCUAAACCACUCUGCUAUUGAAUUGUAUACAUGCCUCCCUAAUCUUGAUUACCCACGUCAGAGACAUGCUAGAUAUGUUAAGCCUGAACAUAAAACAAUGUUUGAUUUAACAUGCCACUGUUCAGAGGGAGUGUAUAUGUGUACACUGUUGUGGCAUUUGAAAAUGGUAUGUACUCACUUGCACAAAAAUAAAAAAUAAAAAUAGAGCGAUUUAAACUCUACCUGCCAGUUUAAACCCAUUUCUGUGUGUACUGGGAUUUCUAAGGACCACUGUGUCACUACCUGAAGAAGAUUGCUAUUAUAUAAACAAAAUAAAGACUAAAUGUAUAGAUAUGUAACACUUUAAUGUUUUUAUCUAAAACUAUUUUAUUAUAAAUGUAUUUGAAAAAAAAUUAAAUGUAGUGUUCACUGUUUUACAUUUGACCAUUAUUAAAUUAUAUUUUAUUUUAUAUGUCUAGUUUCUUUAAAAUAGUUAUAUAAUAUUCUUUUUUUUUCCUUCUGCAGGUUACAAAAAUGUUGGCAGUGGUCGUAAUAUUAUUUGCUUUCCUAUGGAUGCCCUACCGGACAUUGGUUGUUGUGAACUCAUUCCUGUCUCAACCGUACCUUGAAAAUUGGUUUGUGUUAUUCUGCAGAAUUUGCAUAUAUCUGAACAGCGCUAUCAACCCUGUGAUUUACAAUCUGAUGUCUCAGAAAUUCCGCGCAGCUUUCAGAAAACUUUGCAAGUGCAAAAAGAAAAGUACGGAAAAACCGGCUAACUAUGGCGUGGCACUCAAUUACAGCGUUAUUAAAGAGUCAUCCAAUGGAGGAAGCCCUGACCAUUUUAGUACUGAGCUAGAAGAUAUUACUGUAACGGACACAUAUUUGUCACCUACAAAAAUAUCCUACGAUGACACUUGUUUACCAUCUGAUGUGUCCUUCAGCAGAACAUAGAAGCUGUAUAACUGUAUAUCACGAGCAC